AGUUUCGUCUAGUAUGACAAAAAAUUGUUAAAUAUUCUCAUUAACAUGUGUGAACACGUUUUUAUUAUUUAUUAAUUUCAACAAGUUACUAGAUCUAUUCUUAUAAUUAGAUCAAGACUUUUUCGAUAUCAAUGGUUAACAAUGGGAUUUGAAUUGAAUCGAUUUCAAGGGGAUGUUGAUGAAGAGCUGAUUUGUCCAAUAUGUUCCGGAGUUCUAGAGGAUCCCUUACAGGCUCCUACAUGCGAACAUGCAUUUUGUAAAUGCUGUAUAUCUGAAUGGAUUUCCAGACAACCAACUUGCCCAGUAGACAGGCAAACUGUGACAUCUGCACAACUUCGUCAAGUUCCUCGAAUUUUGAGGAACUUAUUAUCAAGACUUUGUAUUCAUUGUGAUAAUGCACCUUAUGGAUGCACCCAAGUAUUAAAAUUAGACUCCCUCAACUCCCAUUUGGAAGAAUGUGAAUAUAAUCCCAAACGACCACUUCCUUGUGAACAAGGAUGUGGUCUGAUUAUACCAAAAGACGAAUUAAAAGAUCAUAAUUGUGUCAAAGAACUAAGAUCCCUCAUACACACUCAAGAGCAAAAACUGAAAGAUUUUCAGAAGGAACUUACAGAACAAAGAUAUGUGAUAAACGAACAGAAAAGAGAAAUGCAGCUAUUGAAGAAACACUGUGGCUGUCCCAAUAAGCUCCUUAAAGAAUUCAUAAGGGCAAUUCGGAUAUCUAAUCCUUCGAUGAGGGCCAUAGCAGACGCUAUGGAGAGAGAUGAGGUGGUUCGCUGGAGUAGUACCCUUCAGAGAGCCAGGGUUAACCGAUGGGGAGGAAUGAUAUCUACGCCAGAUGAGAUUUUGCAGAGGAUGAUUAGAAGGACGCUGAACGAAAUGGGAUGUCCAGCGCACAUACUGGACAACCUCAUGCAGAAUUGUCACGAGAGAAGGUGGCCCCCCGGAUUGUGCUCGUUGGAAACCAGACAGAAUAACCGCAGGCAGUAUGAGAACUAUUUGUGUAAGAGAGUUCCAGGUAAGCAGGCCGUGUUGGUACUUGCAUGUGAUAACAGCCAUAUGGGUGAGGAUAUGAUGGUCGAACCAGGUCUGGUUAUGAUAUUUGCCCACGGCAUAGAGUAGAAGUCGUACUGUGGAUUUUCCGUACUUUUGAAGUUCAACAUUCCCAUCAAUCGAUCGACUGGUAUAAUUUUUGUAUAUCGGGGAUUGUAAGGAGAAAAAUCUUUGUAGAACAUCUGUAAACUCGUUCAAAAAACUCUCAAUCGAAAUCGAUUUAUUUUUAAUGAACUAAUAUUUAUAUUAAUUUUGAUAUAUGGUAACUAAAUUCAAUUUUAUUCGAUUAUCGAUUAGCCUGCUUUAUCCGAAUGGCAUCCUAGGAAAUUAUUCUAUUUAAAAACAAAUACAACAUCAAACCCUCUCUAUUUUGAAAUGAGAAUAGAAAUUGCGAAAGGCCAAUUUUUUUGUAGAUUAAUUUUUUGAAACCCUAUUCUGUGAUAUUUUUUUUUGGAAUUAUUGUCAGAGGUUGCACCUAUAAUUCUCAUAUUUCUUCUGGAUAUGUCUUAAUUUCAAUUGAUUUUUCGAAAUGACAAAAAAUGGGAAUUGGGAACAAUUUUUAGUUCCUUACGUCCAGCCUAUAUUUCCUAAUAAAUAUUAAUUUGAAUUUAUCUUAUACUAUAAUUUCUUUAUAUAAGGUUUACCAAUAGGAAUGAUACAAUUUAAAAUGUUUACAAUGGCAAUACUUUCAUUGACAGUUCUUAUGUCAUUUAUGUUCAGUAGGUUGUCAUUUAAUCAUAGAAAAAUACACGGAUUAAAAAUGUUUAGAAAUUAUUUAAUUGUUUAUCCAAAUAAAUGCUGAUUUGUGUUUACUGAGAGAAAUUUAACAAUUCGUAGACAUUAUUCAGUUAAUCGACUCACUAUUUUCGUUGUAUACUAGACAAAUUUCAAAACGGCUGAUUCAUUUUCAAAUUUGUAUAUAAUAGACGAGUAGUGAGUCGAUUAAAUGAAUAAUUUAGACCUUGAAUUAUUAUUAAAUUUCUCUGAAUAUUCACAAAUAAGCACUGAUUUUGAUAAAACAAUCUCUAAACCUUGUUGACGCAUGAAUCUUUCAAUGACAUAACCUACUGAACACAAUUGACAUAAGAAAUGUCAAAGAACAAUACACAGUGUUGCCAAUAUAACCAUUUUGAUUUGUUUUGUUUCUGUUGGGAAAACUCUUUAUUAUUAAAAUUUUUAUUUUCUUAGAAACGAUUCUAUACUGCAGAAUUCAAUUCCAACAGAAAAAUCAUAUAAUUAAAUUCAAAGGCAUAUUACAACCGCCUUGAAUGAUACACGUGAAAAUUAUUAAUUUUAGGAAUGACGACUUUUCCUUUUACAAAAAUAUUGUUUAUUUUUUAUAUAUUAGAGAAUUUUUGAAGAGAGUUUAUGGGUUAACUACUUGAACGAAUGUCAUAAAAUUAACAAUUUUAAGUUGUUCACUUUGAAGCUCCGUAAUAAGACAAUUAGCAGUAUACUUAAAAACAAUAUGAAUGAGAAAAAAUAUUUGAGGUAGAAAUGAAAAUAUAAUAUUAGCCUCAUCCGUUUUAUAUCAUUUUUUUACCGAAAGUUUUGUGAGAAUUUACAAUUUUUUCAAGUAGUUAAUUUAAGGAUAAUCACCUAUCCUUAAACUGUGAUGAAUAAUUUUAGAAAGAAAUGUAAAAUUAUAAGUUGACCAAUUAUAUACCAGAAGUUGUUACCUCUAUGUUGAUGUAGCUAAUUUUUCAAUAUCAUGUUAUGAUAGAAGAUGUAAUUUUUUCAGUAACUGAAAUUGAGGUACAAUUCUUGGUGAAAUAUUGGACGAUUGCUUCUAUUUAAUCUUUUAUUACUUUCUAUGUGAAAGACUGAACAAUUCAUCCUGAAUAAAAUACAAUUCAUUUUUAAGUGUUUCAUCUAAAUUGAUAAAGUGAGUAGAAUUUCGAAAUUUGUGAGAAAAUAUCUCUAGAAUCUGAUCUCAUAAUCUAGUGAAUGGUUUUUGUAGAUCUAAAAAAAAUCCUAGUCAACAUAUAAUUUUUUAUUUUUUUGGUAUCGAAUGCUCAUGAUGAUUGCAAACUAUUUUCUUAUAUCUGUAAACGUAAUGUAGGAAUAUAUUUUCGAUAAGAAUUCCCGGGAGACAUAACAGAAACAUGGUUCCCUCGUACCCUUACUUAACUUUUACAUUGAAUUGCUUUGAAAUGAUCGCUUCACGUUCCAUUGUUGGAAUGUCUGCUAUUAUUUUGUGCUUCCAUUUUCUCAAAUGAUGUAUGAAAUUUGUUAUGAGGGCAUUGUUUGGGUAUGUAUGUUACUGCCAAUAAAUAUAAAUAAUGUUUUAAGUA